GCGCUGCUGGUCGCGUACGCGUUCUUCUGCACGAGCGAGACGGCCAUCACCACCCUCUGGCCGUGGAAGGUUCGAGAGAUUAGCGACCAGGAGGGACCGGAUUCGCCGUUCACACUGAUGCGCAAGGACAUUAACAGGUUCCUGACCACGAUCCUCAUAGGCAGCACGGUCACGAGCAUCGGGAGCGCCACGCUCGCGGCGCAGGCGGCGAUGCACCUCUACGGCGAGGAGAGCAUCGCGCUGUGCACAGCCGCCUUGACCUUGGUCACCUUGAUCUUUUGCGAGAUUGCGCCAAAGUCAAUCGCCGUGCAAAACGCGGCGGACGUCGCGCGAGUGGUCAUCCGCCCGAUCGCCGCCAUGUCCACGCUGGUGUACCCCAUAGGCAGGCUGUGCACCAAUCUCGUGAAUGCGGUGUUUGCGGUGUUCAACAUCAAGAUCGCCGCCGAGCCGUUCGUAUCGGAGGAGGAGCUUAAGCUCGUGCUGUCCGGCGCUGCCAAGUCUGGGCAGGUCGACAGCGGCGAGAAGGAGAUGAUACAGAACGUGUUGGACAUGUCGGAGACGCCGGUGCGGGAGGUUAUGACCCCGUUGGUUCGCGUCGUGGGCGUGGAGCAGAGCACGAGUCUGGUUGAGCUCCAAAAGAUUUGGCGAACGCACAGGUUCUCCAGGGUGCCCGUGUACGCGGACCGCGUCGAUAACAUCGUCGGCGUCGUGUACUCCAUGCGUUUGCUCGAGUACGAGCUCAAGCAGGAGCUGCUGUCCACGAUUAAGGUUGAGAACCUGACGCAGAAGCCGCCGUAUUACGUGCCAGAAUCCAUGUCGGUUGUGAAACUCAUGCGCGAGUUGCUUGCGAGAAAAACGCACAUGGCCAUCGUGGUCAACGAACACGGCGGCGUCGUCGGCAUCGCGACGUUCGAGGACUGCGUGGAGGAGAUCGUGGGCGAGAUUUACGACGAAAACGACCGCCCGGACGAGUCUGAGAUCAACGACGAUUACAUCAGGCAAGUCGCGCACGACGUCUACGACGUCGACUGCAGAGCGUUCGUGGACGACCUCGCGGAGUCCAUCGGCAUCGACAUUCCCAGCUCGGCGCUCUACGAUACGGUGGGAGGGUUCACGUGCGAUUGCUUCGACAGGAUCCCUAACGUCGGAGAGACGAUGGUGGUGCACAUGGCUUCCGCGAGCAAGAACUACGACGACGACUCGCAGGACGAGGAUGA